AUGGCUCUCCAAAUGGCUUCAAAGCGUCUCCUCCCUUCGCUCAUGCGCCCCACCUCGCUGCGUCAGUUCAGGCUCGCCUCCAGCCUCUCCAGCGCCGUCAAGGCCGAGAUUCUCCAUGAGACCACCCACCCGUCCCACGACCCCCCCGCGGACUCUGGGUCUGCGCGCCUGAUUGCGGACCAUGAGAAGUACAUGGUCGCAACAUACAGCCGGCCCACCACCAUCUUUGCAAAGGCCGACGGCAGUCAUCUGUGGGAUCUUGAGAACCGCCGCUAUGUUGACUUCACCGCCGGGAUUGCCGUGAACGCACUCGGGCACAAUGAUGAGGUCUUCCUCAGUGUUAUGGCUGAACAGGCCAGCCAAAUCAUCCACACCUCCAACCUCUACCACAACCUCUGGACCGGCGAACUCUCCAAGCUCCUCGUCACCAAGACACACGAGCACUCUGCCUUCGCCACCGCCUCCCGCGUCUUCAUCUGCAACUCCGGCUCCGAGGCCAACGAAGCCGCCCUAAAGUUCUCGCGUAAAGUCGGCAAGCAGCUCGGCGGCGACCGCAAGACGGGUCUCGUCUCCUUCCACAACUCCUUCCACGGCCGCACAAUGGGCUCGCUCAGCGCAACCCCCAACCCGAAAUACCAGGCCCCCUUCGCCCCCAUGGUGCCCGGCUUCAAGUACGGCACGUUCAACGACAUCGCCGGCAUCCCCGAGCUCGUCACCGAGGAGACGUGCGGUGUGAUUGUGGAGCCGAUCCAGGGCGAAGGCGGUGUCAACGUGGGCACCACCGAGUUCCUGGUGGCGCUCGCCCGCCGCUGCCGUGAGGUUGGCGCGUUCCUGCCGAAGGAGGCGCACCCGGACAUCCUCACGAUGGCCAAGGCGCUCGGCAACGGGUUCCCGAUCGGCGCGACGAUGGUGAAUGAUUUCAUUGCUGAGAAGAUCCUGAUCGGCGACCACGGGACCACUUUUGGCGGUAACCCGCUGGCGUCUAGGAUUGGGCACUAUGUGUUUAGCAGGCUGAGCGACCCGAAGCUGCUGAGGGGGGUUGAGGCGAAGGGGCAGAUCUUCAAGAAGCGGUUUGAGGCGCUGGCGGCGAAGUAUCCGGAUGUGGUGAAGGAGGUGAGGGGAAGGGGGUUGAUCUUGGGGUUGCAGCUGACUAGGGAUCCCAAGGAGUUGAUUAGGGAGUGUAGGGAGAGGGGCCUGCUGGUCAUUACGUGCGGGACAAACACGGUCCGUUUUGUGCCACCGCUUGUGAUUGAGGAUGAGGUGAUUGAAGAGGGGCUGGCCAUCUUUGAGAAGGCCAUGGAGGCCUGGGUCGCUAUGGAGUAG